GAACAGUUUAGGGACGAAAGCAUGAAUGCCAAGAUUGGUAUACGACAAACUUAAAAGAGGUGGGGAACUGAACAAGGAAAGUAGAAUUGGCAAAAGAUUCCUCAUAAUUAAUCGUCCAAGAACUUCCCCAUAUUUCAUGUGGGGUUUAUCAUGCACACUUGUUUUUUCAAAGUAAGCCACUGCUGCAACAUUGCUUUAUUUGUGGAAGGCCUCAGGAUGAUUUAAUUUACAUAGAAGACGGAGACUGACUGCUAUUUUACGUAUCGGGAUCAGAGUUUCUUCUUCCUUUUUUCGUUUCUUGAACCUGCAUUUCCUCGUUUCUCUUUUCUGGUAAAAAUGGGUCAGUGAAGUAUGAAAGCGUUAAAAAUGUCAUCAGAUGUAAAAUCAAGUCGUGCAUGCUCGGAACCUUCCAGUGAAAGGGGAUUCGGUUUGGACCUGAAGAAGAGUUCUAGAUGGCAGAAACAUUCCAGGAUAGUGAAGGAUACAGCUCUUCCAACCCAGGCAAGGCAGAGUCUAAAGCAUCAAGGCAAGUUGAAAGCUGAAUAUUAUGAUAGUCAGCCAUGUGGUGAUGUGCCUCAUGAACUAAGACUUCAUGCAAAUGAUCGGAUCUCAGUCCAACCAAAAACUUCAGGGAAACACCAUCAGCUGCACUCUGACAAGAUAAAGGCAAGAAAGGAUGAUGAGCUUGUGAAGUAUAUGUCAGAUUUGCCAGGUUAUCUCCAGCGCAUGCAGAGAAGUGAAAGCAUACAAGAUAAGGCUUUGAAUGUUGGAGUUUUGGACUGGUCACGUCUAAAGAAAUGGAGAAUUGCAGCAAGUGAUAGCAGUGGUGCAUCAUUGACUAGCAGCAAUUUGCCGAGUAAAAUGGCUAUGAACUCAGCUACCUCUCCUAAUGCAGUUCACAAUAAUAUUCUCAAUUACAGAAGCAAGAAGCAUCCUUCUCUUUCUUCAAAUCUGAACCCUUCUCACAAUGACCGUGUUUCUCAACCUGCCAAACCUUCGGUCCAGAAUGCCUUGCGCUUUAAAGAUUUUGAAACUGCUUCUAAGAGCAGUGUGGAUGGGAAGAAAAAGGAACCAAGGACCAACAGGACUUUCAGCAGAAAUAAUUCGGAUGUCAUUCUUGAACAGGCGAAGAGAGGAUAUGUAGAUCAGAAGAUCACUUCUAAAGUUGGAAGUUGGUCCUCAAACUCAAGAUAUAAUAGUAUCUCAAUCAGGUCCAAGGUGAAUGCAAUUGCUUGUGAUAGUGCAGCCGAGAAGAGAGCUGGGGAGAGGCAAGGACCAGAUGCAAAGAGAAAAUCGUUGGAUCAGAAGAUUACUUCAAGCAUCGGAGAUUCAUCAUCACAGUUGAGAAGUCAUUAUGAUUCACUCAGUUUGAAGGAAAAGAAUGUUGCUGGUGGCAAAACUAAGAAGGGAAUAGAGUUGCAAGAAUCAGCUGGAAUAGAGGAGUUGCAAGAAUCAACUAUAGAUCUUUCUCCUCAACAUCAACCCAGUGAGAACAAGAACAUAGUUCUUGAUCCAAAAAAUUACUCUACAAAUUGUUCCCUGCAGGAACUAAGGACACCGGUGGAUAAGGACAUAGUUCUCCUUGUUCCAAAAAAUUACUCUACAAAUUGUUCCCUUCAGGAACUAAGGACACCAGUGGAUAAGGAUUUUACUGAAACAAAUCGAAAGAGCUUGUCAGAUGACUUUUCUCACGAGGAAGUUCACUCUUCUGAAAUUCCUCACUCAUGGCCACUUCUUUCUAGAAAUAAAACUAACACAGAGCCCCAUAAAGUGUUGCACACUGCCAUGGUUACACGGAGUGCAGAGAUGUCAUCUGAUGCAUCUCGUACAUCUGCAUGUUCGUAUAAGAUGCCAAUUAGACUGUCUGAAGAUAAAUUUGCAGAAGAGAGCAGAGUCAGGACAGCAAAUGGAAGUGUAGUUGAAACUUCAAAUGCAUUGGAUCAAGAAAAAGUGGAGCUGAUGCCUAGAAAAGCCAGACAUCCUUCACCAAAACGCUGGUUUAGCUUUAGUUUGAGUCGAAUGAGCAGGAGUUUCAGCUUCAAGGAGAGUUCAGCUGUCCCACAGUUCAGCUCCACAUACAUUUCCAUAAAUUCUGGUCCCCUGAUAUCUGAAGGUUCUGCUUGUUUAAAUAAUUCAAACAGAAAGAAGGCAGGUGGUCAUAACAGAGCUAGAUCCAGCCCAUUGAGAAGGAUGCUAGAUCCUCUGCUGAAGUCCUGGAGCUCCAGAAUACUUCAGUCAGCUGAAACUGGUUCAUCAAAUGAAAGCUUGAAUUUCUUCAACUUGAAGCAAUUUGAUGCCAAAGAACUGCUUAAGGAUGGCAAGCAUGAGCCAUCGAGAAUAAAAGCUCUCCUCCAGCUUACUAUAAGGAAUGGAGUUCCUUUGUUCAGAUUUCUGAUUGCGAACAAUAGCAACAUUCUGGAAGCCUCCAUGAACAGGUUACCAUCAUCUCAAGAGAAUGGUUCAGGCUGCGACUAUACAUUCUAUGCCAUUGAUGAAAUCAAGAAAAAGAGUGGCAGCUGGAUAAAUCAAGGUAGUAAGGAGAAGAGCUGUGGCUAUGUGUACAAUUUGAUUGGCCACAUGAAGGUUAAUUGCUCUUCUAUCUUUGAUUUGACUGGAACAGACUCCAUUUGCCAGAAUAAGGUGAAAGAGUCUGUUUUGUUUGGUGUCGACCAAAGUCAGGCGGAUCAGGUAAUGCCAAAGUUCAUGGCAAAUAGAGAGCUUGCGGCUGUUGUGGUCAAAAUGCCUAGUGAAAUCUCAAGCCUCGACCUGCAGCAGACUGAUCAAAAUGAAAAUUUGAUGCACAAGGGCUCCUCACAAUACCUUCCAGAAAGUCAAUGCUCCGGUAACCUGGGAGAAACCGAACACUCUAGUAGUGCUACUGUCAUACUUCCUGGUGGUAACCAUAGCAUGCCAAACGAAAGAGUUCCUACACCAUUGAUACAUAGGUGGAGAUCUGGUGGAUCAUGUGACUGUGGUGGUUGGGAUGUUGGUUGUAAACUACGUAUACUCACCAACAGAAGCCAGUGUAGUAAGAUUACAAGGACAUCCAAAAGUUGCCUGAUGUCAGAUUGUUUUGAGCUUUUCACUCAGGGAGCAAUCCAACAAGACCAUCCUAUCUUCAGUUUGGCACAAGUGGAAAAGGGGAUGUAUUCGACUGAAUUCAGUUCAUCAAUUUCUUCAUUACAAGCAUUCUUCAUUUGUGUCAAUGUUAUAAGUUGUCGGAAAUCAUAUGAUCAAGAUGGCGGCAAUGCUUCCGGCGAAGAAUUUCACCAGGAGAUCAGCAACUCCAGUAAUGGAUCAAAGAAGAUUCACACCAUUUCCCCAGGGCAAACAAAUGUGAAAUACACUGUAAGCCCCCCUGUUUCCCCAUUUGAAAGGAUGUAGCGGGCAAAAGUUCUUCAAAUGGAAGAGGAGAAAUCAGUGUUGGUGGAAGAUCUCCUAGACAGUUUCCUGAAAUUAUGUUAGGCCAUCAUGAUCUUCCAUCAGCUGUAGUCACCACUAAUAUCUUCCUUUUGUUUUGUGUGAAGAUAACAAUGGGGCAUAAAAUAUACAGCUCUGAAAUUCAGAGUACAGUGUUUUUAUAAGGCAAAAA